AUGAACAACAAUGAGAGUCUUGCCUCAGGUCUGGACGUAUUCGCUCCAUUCAGACUGUACAGCACUUUCAACAACGACCACCGGGACUGCCUGGCAUCAUUAGCAGAUGUGCCAUUUCACACUGUAGAACGAUGGAUUCGAAAUUCUUCAACCAGAUUACAUGCGCCAUUGCACGACGUCAACGCCCGUUCCCUCCCUACAGCGAACCACUCUUCAGCCACCGAACGAUCUAAAUUCGCCGGUUUACUCGAUCCCUGCGCUUACCGCCAACCGAAUAUAACCCUUCAGCGUCCCCGCAAAGUCAAAAUUGAGAAGGGAUACUUUGAACAAGACUGCCUUACAUGCUUCGAGAAGGGCUUUGACCCUAAGUCGCAGAAGCAAUUACGCAAACACCUCAAGAUGGACAAGCAUACAAAGGAAUACAAACUCAAGUCCACACCGGACGGUCUUCCUGACCGUUAUCGCUGCUGUAACACUGUUUUCGAUGAUGAACACUCCUGGGCAGACCAUGUGGUGGACUGCCACUGCCGCUACUCAGAUGUGCUUGGCUCAAGACCACUUAGCCGUACACAUUCCGCUGCUAGCCUCCAAGGUGUGUCGACUCCCGGGUCGAGUUCAGGCCGCUACCUUGGAGGUAGCUUUUAUCAAGGCGCUCCCGGCUCUGGUGUGACCAAGAACACUAGCGUCUCUGGUACAGAAUCUCGUCGUUGUUCUGAUGUGUCAGGCCUCUACGAAGGAUCACCGAAACCUUCGGAAUUUCCCGUCUCCUUCGAAGAUGCGCCCGCACCCACGAGCCAGCCGCGUUUCCAUCUUGAGCCACCAUAUCUUCCCCCGACUGUCGCAUCUACCAGUCUACCGAAUGAGCAAUCUUCUCUUGCGACGGAUGGCUCUGGUAAUUUCCUCUUCGACUACAAUGGCAAUGAAGUCUUCCGCACCUUAGAUGGCUUUCUUGUGUCUGGAGGGCAUGCUGGUUUGACACCCAUCUUGCAUAGCCAGCCACUGUAUGCAUACGAUGGCUCUGGAACGACCCAAUUCUACUGGUAUGGCGUCAACAUUAAAUAA